AUGCCUGAAUAUCGCCAGAAAGCCAAUGCCAACAGCAAACGCGUGCAUGCCAAUCAAACAUGUCUUCCUAGAGCAGUCCCUCGCCACGAGCGGAAAAAUUUGACGUCCCACGGCACCAGCUACCCCUUGGGUAUCUGGAACGGACAAGCAAAGUGGCAGACGGCCACGCCGACGGCUGUUUUCCAGAUUUUGGUAGAAGAGUUGCUUGGCUAUAACGUCCACGUAGAGGUGUCCAAUUCGGGCGUGGCCCAGCACGUUCUCUAUGCGCUGGCCGGCUGUGCAGAACCCACGGCAGAUAACGACGAUGAGAGAGGCUGCAAUGGGCAGAGGACUGCAUUUCAUGCAGCUGCUGGGGUGUACCUUACCAAUGAGGUUGAGCAGCAUUGGCAGCAGGUGCAGCGGAUGAGGAUGGGAGGUAUGCUGGAAGACUUAUCUAGCCUGGGAUUUCCAUCCUACUCUGGGAUAUAUGUGGAUGGGCGCACGCAGGACUUAGCCGAGGAUCACGAGCGUUUGUUCUUGGACGACUACAGGAGCUACGACUCAAAGUAUCAGAAUCCGAAGCACUGGUUCGCGAGUAUUCACGACAUCAACACCUCGUCUCUCAUACCGUGCAAGCGCUGGAAAGGUACAUUACCCCUUGGGCUUGAAACUUUCCUACGGAACUUCGAUACUCUGGAAGUCGAUCUGGCUCUGGAUUUCACAGGGCAAGAGAUCGUGCCAUAUUGCCCCGAUGGUUACUGGUGGCUGUCGAACGCGUGCAGAAACAAUCCGACGGACUGUAUUCCUUGCGUCACCGGCAGCUCCCUGAACUACGUGUACGAUGCUGACGAGGUCAUGAUCAAGGCGACUACGUGGAACAUGUCUCUGGCACUGGCCACAGUCGACGGGCACUCUGCAGGGACCGACUUCGAGAAGCUGGUUACAGAACACAGGAUUCUUUUCUACUUCUGGGAGCCCGACUUGACCUUCAGAACCAAGAGAGCCGAGCUGAUCGCCUUUCCGGAGUUCAAUGAGCAGCAGUGGAAUCUGGGCAACAAGGCAACGAUGGCUCAAGCCCUGGAUUUGCGCAUCGUGUCUCACUGGAAUCUCGAAACUCUCGCACCGGACGUCCGCGACUUGAUGAUCAACAUGGAUGUGUCGACGGUAGAGGCGCUGAGGAUGAUGUAUGCGAGUGCGGAGGCUGUGCAGAGGAUGCGGGCCGCUCUUGGCCGAGAGCUUGAACUGCAGGAGUGGUGGCAAGGUGGAUGGAUGGGAGCUUGCGAGUGGCUGCUGGAGAAGAG